AUAACGACUAUUCACACUGACGAGUGAAGACGUUUAUAGGACAGUGAUCCAAAGUAACUCAAAAGUAUCAAGCAACAUGAAGUCGCAAUUUGUGGUUUUACUAGCUAUCGUUAGCGCUGCUUCGGCGAGGAACAUAUUCAGCUGCCUGCCUGGCUCGGUAUUUCUGCAAGACUGCAAUGCAUGCACCUGCUCCAACGACGGGCUAUCAGCAGCUUGCACUGACAUGGCUUGUCCAGGAGAUCUGAACAGACUGACAGUUUUCCAACCCGUUUUACUGCAACCGGCAAAAGUAUGCGAGCCGAGUACAGUAUUCAAGGUUUACUGCAACACUUGCGGCUGUUCGAGCGAUGGCUCCUCAUUUUCUUGCACGCGAAUGGCCUGCAAUCAGGACAUCUGGAAUGUAGACGGUUCGCUCAAAUUCCAAUCCACAGCUGUCAGGACCAAGCGUUCCUUAGCACCCCAAGAAAAAGUUUGCGAGCCAAGAACUCAAUUCAAAGAGUACUGCAACACGUGCGGCUGCGCCGACGACGGUUUAUCUUACAUCUGCACCAGGAGAAUGUGCGACGAGAACAUCUGGAAUAAGGACGGUAGUCUGAAGAUCGACAUUACGAAGGACGUUGUUAAGCGAUCAGCACCCAAACAAAUUUGCAAGCCUCACUCCAACUUCAAGGACUACUGCAACACUUGCUUCUGUAACAACGAUGGUUCGGAAUUCGCCUGCACCAGGAUGAGUUGCCCUCCCGAAGUCUGGAACAAAGACGGCUCUCUGAAGAUUCGAGAUGUGCGCCUGGAAAAAAGAGAAGCAAAGCAAGUCUGCGAGCCACGUUCCCACUUUAAAGAUUAUUGCAACACCUGCGCCUGCUCCGAGGAUGGAACCACCUAUGGCUGCACGAUGAUGAUGUGCGACGAGAGCGUUUGGAACAAAGAUGGAACACGCAAAACUGUCGAUGGAGAGACAAACUAAACGAUUCAACUGACAGAAGAGUUGUGAUUAGUUUAUCAAAUGUGUAUUACAUUAAGGAUCUCCAUGACGGACACAGUGAUACGAAUCCAGUGGUUCCUAUUAUUUAUUUGUAUGCAGGAUGAAUGUGACGAGAGUUUAAAAUGCGUGUGAUGAAUCUGUCGAUUAAGUAUCUUGAUGUAUAUAUUUUAGAUCGUAUUAAUAAUAAAAAUCAAAUUUUACAAUAA